AUGAGCGGAAAUUUAGUUGUUGCUAGAGCUCUUAGUAGACAAGGCUUAGAGCAUUGUUUUGGUAUUAUUGGUGUUCCAAUAAUUGAAUUGGGGUUUGCCAUUUAAGCUGAAGGAAUCAACUACUAUGGUUACAGAAACGAAUAAGGCGCUUCUUAUUCUGCAGGAGCUGUUGGAUACUUAACUGGUAAACCUGGAAUAUGUCUUUGCGUAAGUGGACCUGGAAUGAUUAAUGCAGUCACAGGAUUAGCAAAUGCUUGGGCAAACGGGUGGCCUAUGAUAUUAAUAGUGGGAUCGAGUGAUUUGGCAUAGAAUGCAAAAGGAGCAUUCUAAGAAUGCGAUUAAAUAAGUUUGACUAAACCAUACGUAAAAUUUGCUGUUAAAAUUACCUCAGCUAAGUAAAUACCUCAAGUUAUCUCUAAAGCUGUUAGACUUAGUGUUGUUGGAAGACCUGGACCAGUUUAUAUCGAAAUACCAGGAGAUGUACUUACUGAAACAAUAGAUUUAGAUUCCCUAGAAUUCCCACAAUUCAACUAAGUCUUACCUUUAAGUCUUGCACCUACACAGUUGAUAUAAUAAGCAGUGCAAUAAAUUAAAACUUCAAAAAAUCCUUUAGUUAUAAUAGGUAAAGGAGCAGGCUACUCUAGAGCAGAAAAUGAUGUUUUAUAAUUAAUUUAGAGCACACAGUUACCUUUUUUACCCACUCCUAUGGGUAAAGGAGUGGUCUCAGACCUUCAUCCUUGUUGUGCAGCUCCUGCUAGAUCUUUUAUUUUAUAAAAUGCAGACCUAAUUCUGCUGAUAGGUGCUAGAUUAAAUUGGAUUUUACAUUUUGGAGAGCCUCCAAGAUUUAACAAGAAUGUAAAAAUUAUUCAUAUUGAAAUAUGCCCAGAAGAAUUUGAUACAAAUGUGAAAGGUAGCGUGAAUUUAUUUGGAGAUAUAGGUUUAAUUACUAAAUAGCUUGUGUAGGAAUUAUAAGGAUAUAAUUGCAGAUAAAUUCAGGCAGAUUGGUGGAAAAGUAUCAAAGAAAAAAUAGAUAAAAAUGUUUUAGUCUCUUAAAAGUUAAUAUCAUAAAAUGAUGAAAAACAGAGAAUAACUUACUACUCAGCUUUAGGAAUUAUUUAAAGCAUGCUUCCAAAAGAUUUUAUAUAUGUUGGUGAAGGAGCUAAUACUAUGGAUAUUGGAAGAACAGUAAUCAAUCAACUUUAGCCUAGGACAAAGCUUGAUGCUGGAACUUUUGGAACUAUGGGAAUUGGAAUACCCUUCUGCAUAGCAGCUAAAUGUACUAAUCCAUAAAAACCAGUUGUUGGAAUUCUAGGAGACUCUGCUUUUGGUUUUUCAGCUAUGGAAAUUGAAACAGCUAUAAGAUAUAACUUACCUUUUGUUGUAAUUAUUUUAAAUAAUAAUGGAAUUUUUUCAGGAGUUGAAGAUCUACCUGAAGAGAUAAAUGCUCAUAAUAUUCCUCCAAACGCUCUUAAACCUAAUACUAGGUAUGAAAAAUUAGCUGAUGCAUUUGGAGGAGUAGGUCUAUUUGUUAAAACUCAUAAUGAGCUUAAAUUAGCAUUAGAAUAAGCAUUCAGCAAAAGUGAUGUCUUACAUAUCAUAAAUGUGAUGAUUGAUCCAAAUGGAUAAAGAAAAGAGCAAGAAUUUUCUUGGCUGACAAGGAAAGAUCCUUUGCCAAAGUUUUGA